AUGGGGAACARCAGGGCCUGACCUUGGCUGGUGGCAGCCAGAGCCUUCCCACGGYCCUGGGAACGGGGACAGCUGUGGGGCCGCCGUCCCCAUGGGAUUUAAGAGGCCCCAGGGUGCUGUUGGGACCCAAGAGUGGCUCUCCCCGCUGACCAUGAGGCUCCCCGUGCUCCUGGCUGCCCUGGUGGCAGUGGCCACCUGCACCGAGACCUUUGUUGGGCACCAGGUGCUGCGCGUCGUCCCCCAGAGCGAUGAGGAGCUGCAGAAGGUGCAGGAGCUGCAGAGCCUGGAGCAUCUGCAGGCCCUGGUGGAUGAAGAACGGACGGAGAUGCUCCGCAGCAGCCGCCAGCUGCCGCUCACCACCAACACCUUCAACUACGAGGCCUACCACACCCUGGACGAGAUCUACAAUUUCAUGGACAUGUUGGUGGCCGAGAACCCCAACCUGGUGAGCAAACUGGAGAUCGGCCGCUCCACCGAGAACCGGCCCCUCUACGUGCUCAAGUUCAGCACUGGGGGCUCGAACCGCCCGGCUGUGUGGAUCGACACCGGGAUCCACUCCCGCGAGUGGGUGACGCAGGCCAGCGGCGUCUGGUUCGCCAAGAAGAUCGUCCAGGACCACGCCAAUAAUGAAGGAGUGGCCUCCAUCCUGGAGACCAUGGACAUUUUCCUGGAGAUUGUCACCAACCCCGACGGCUUUGCCUUCACCCAGACCAAGAACCGCAUGUGGCGCAAGACCAGGUCCAAGCACUCGGGCUCCAUCUGCGUCGGAGUGGAUCCCAACCGCAACUGGGACGCUGGUUUUGGAGAGGCCGGGGCCAGCUCCAACCCCUGCACGGAGACGUACCACGGCCCCUACGCCAACUCGGAGCCCGAGGUGAAAUCCAUCGUGGACUUUGUGAAGAGCCACGGCAACAUCAAGGCCUUCGUCUCCAUCCACAGCUAUUCCCAGCUCCUGCUCUAC